GUUAAACAACAUGCUGGCUAUCAUGCGCAGACGGGAACUGUAUUCAAUCCUAUCGGUUGUGAUUGAAAUAAAAGAUUGUAUUUUUACUUCUUGUUACUAUAUUUCUAAAUUUAAUAAAUAAAUAAAAAAUAUCAUGAUUUUCUCAGACUUGAACGCAAAUUUAAAAAAAAAAAUACGUUAAACAAUUUGAUAUGUAACAUGACCAUUCGUGGGAUUUGACUGAAUGAUGUGGCUCUAGUCGUUCAUUAUUACUGUUGUGAUGUAUGAUUGGAGACUUGCAGCUGUCAAUGUAAUGAUAACGCGUCAUGAUCAUUGUCACGUGUCAUGAUUCUAGUUGAGGUCAUUGUGUUAAAAAGGUUGUGCAUGAUGAAUCUUGUCCAACCAAAAGAAAUCUAAUCAGUAUUUUUUUGUUUUUUAAAUUACAUUUUUUACUCAAAUGUGGAGGUCGUAGUUAUGUUUAAGGGGCUAGAAAUCAAUUAGAGCUUUCAGAAAUGGCUUUGACAAGCUCUACAAAUAGACUUGAUUACCAGCCGAAGACAAAUAAAUUGUUUGCUAGGUACAAAUAUUUGAUGCUCGCAGCCACGUUUAUCGUAUGUGCUCUUCUGCAAGCUCGUCUAUCAGAUAAGGUGUUUUUUCCAAUGCGGUUCGCCUUCCUCGACGAAGCAGUUCACAACGCAAGCAUUCUCUCCUCGAACGUGACGCAGCCUGGAAGACGCAGUGAAUUCAGAGAUGGAAAUACUCAGACCGCUGUUACAGGUAAAGUGUCCGAAUCAGAGAGGGGUAAUGGCUUGGUGGGCGACAAGCAGACGUCUGAAUCGAAUAACGCAUUUCAGAACUUAUCUCAUAAAGUAGAUCUUCCGGCUUCAGGAAAUGUAAAUCAAAGUGUUAUCUUUGAUAAAGCAGCCUCCAAACCAAACGUUGUUACAGAUCUUGUAGUUCGGCACGAGAAAGUCCCUGGAAGCAACAUAUCUCAAUCAGGCAAUUUUUCGGAUCAGAGAAACUCAAAGGAGGGCGUGCUCGGUGCCGGAAUUUCGGAAACGAAUAUUCCUGGGAACCUCAGCACCAACCAGAGCGUCGUCCUCGCCGACAACAUCUCCCGGGCCACACCGUUGUUUAUCACGAUAACUCACCAGAUGGGCCGGAUGGGCAACAACAUGUUCGAGUACGCAUCUCUGCUUGGGAUCGCUCGAGCCCAGGGCCGGCACCCGUUUGUCAAUCCGUACGGCCGGGACCACAACCUGCCGCACGUCUUCAACCUGACCCAUGUGGAAUUCAUCCCGGAGUGCGGCAAGUGAGUAUCCUCAAUCUGGAGUGUGUCGUAAAUAGCUCAACAAAAAAUAUUACUGUAAAUGAAUGUUGCACAUGUCAUGUAAUAAAUCAACAGUUGUUCAAGCAACAUCAAAUCCGUCAUAUCAAUCUUCUUUAAUUUUGUUUUUAAAUGUCUUCAAAUGAACUGUGUUUGAAAAUUUCUCAAGCAAUCAAUACUGUUAUUUUAAAAAAAAAUUGUUUUUGAGGACUUUGGGAAUAUAAUGUAAAAUACCAGACCAAAACUUUAGUAUUAACACAUUCUUCCGUGUCUACAAAUGAUCCUUAGUCUUAAGCCAGAUAUACGCAUUUUUAAUUAAUACUAAUGAUAAGAUGGUUUGGCUAUGAUAAAGCGUUGAAGUAGGUUAAAAAACACAAGCAUUAGUGUAAUUAAAACAAUAGAGGUUAAGCUUUUAUUAUGUUCGAAAAAAACAUUAUAUGUAUAUAUAUAUAUAUAUAUAUAUAUAUAUAUAUAUAUAUAUAUAUAUAUAUAUAUACUGUAUAUUCAAUAAAUAUUUGUAUGUUUUAUAUAUAUAUUUUUUUUUUAUACUGUACAUUCAAUUAAUAAUUGUAUGUCUUAUAUGAAUAUUCUUUGUUGUACUGAUGAGAGCAUUAGUCGAAAGUUUGAAUUUAUAUUUGAAUUAAUCAUAAUUAUGGCUUAACAUAAAUUGAUUUAUUCGUGUUUGGAGACCCUUGGCUUAAGCCUACUUAAGCCUAUAGGUAGCUUCGGCCCUGAAUCUGUCCCAGCGUGGGCGCUGUGUAGCUAAGGUGGCUCUCCUUGAAUUUCGACCACGGAGGUAGAGGCCCACAAUUUCGCACCGAUUCUUUGUUUGAAUAAGUAAAACAGCCGCUUGUUUGACUACUUGAGUAGGACAGACUUGUGUCAGCUUAGUGAGUUUCUUUUUUUGUUGGCUCACAGUCGAAACAGCUAAUGUUUCAUGAGAAUGGCACAAACAAAGUAGGAAUUGCAGGUAGGUUUUCUUCUGUAGAUUUUGUUUGAUUCUUCCAACUCGGUGGAUAAAUUUACUUCCUUGGGCAGCACCCUCUCUGGAUCUGUCAUCAUGGAUAAUGAAAUGAAUGGCAGACUCGCAAAAGCUAGUGACCCAUUUGGCAGGAUCCGCAGAACUGUUUUUGGGACAGGAGAGAUAUCAGACGAGAAACAAAGCUCAAGGUCUAUAGCUUAGCAGUCCUCCCGACUCUGCUCUAUGGAUGUGAAACGUGGACACUCUACCAGCGUCACGCCAAGAAACUGAAUCAUUUUCAUACUACCCGCCUCAGGAAAUCCUCGACAUCAGGUGGCAAGACAAAGUCCCCGACACUGAGGUCCUCGCUAGAGCGAACCUACCAAGUAUCUUCACCACUCUGAUGCAGUCUCAGCUCCGUUGGAUGGGACACGUAGCCCGGAUGGAAGACCACCGGAUCCUGAAACAAUAAUUUUUCGGAGAACUCACGAUAGGCAAGCGCUCCCAAGGAGGUCAAAAAAGCAUUACAAAGACUCACUGAAAGUGGCACUAAAGGCCUUCAGCAUAAACCCUACUCAAUGGGUGCAGACAGCCCAGGACAGAGCCAGGUGGAGAGCUGCUGUCAAGAAGGGGGGCUAAAUCCCAUGAAGCCAAUAGAAUAACCACAGCUGAGACACGCAGGCUUGUCCGAAAGAGCAACAUUAGGUCACCGUCUGAAGCAACUAUUCCAUGCCCACGUUGUCAUAGAUUAUUCUGAGCAAGGAUCGGUCUAGCAAGCCACCUUCAAGCUCACCGUAAUCCCAACUUCCCCAUAACCGGAUGAUUCGAUGGUCCUAGUCGACUUCGACGGACGAACACCAACAACCAUUAUAUAUUCGUUGUUUCUGCCAUGCUUCUUGGAUUUAAUAGAAUUAAUUAGAUAUUAGUUGGUCAGUGCAACUAGUAAGAGUAUAUUUCAUAGAUACGAAAAGUAGAGACAAACUAAUUCAUUUCAUAUGUACAGAUUUAUUGCUUACUUUCACAGGUGGAAAAGAAUUGGAGAGCUUAAGUAUGGUACUUUUGAUCCGGUGUUUCGAGAUCUGCCAAAGGUCAACCUGACCCUCAUGGGCUACGUCCAGUCGUGGAAAUACUUCCGGGGAAUAGAGGACGAGAUACGAAGAGAGUUUACCUUCAUGCCACAUAUAAGGUGAUGUUGUUGGUGACAUGUGUGGUGAUGUUGUAGAUGACACGUAAAGGUGAUUUUGUAGAUUACAUGUAAGGUGAUGUUGUAGAUGACAUGUAAGGUGACGUUGUAGAAAACAUAUAAGAUGACAAAUUAGUUUAAAUAAGUUAGUUUAUCCGCCACAAAAUUUGAUCAUUGCCAUUUUAAAUAAAACAUUGGAUAAGGACUGUGGCUGAAUCUUCCCGCGGGUGCGCAGGUGGCUGAUCAGAUCGACUCUUGCUGGAAAUCUUCAUGCACCAGAAGGUGCAGGUGAUGGAUGGGACAACUCCGAAAAGGAGUUCACUCGGGCUUCUCUGGCUUGUCUUUUCUUCUCUGCAGCAGCUGUCAUCCCAGUCUCAUGUUGCACUGAAGCUUUGUGUAAGGAGGUGCGCCCCCCACGAGUCUCGAUCCUGCGCGGAUUGUUGAAACACGCCCUGGUUAAAUGUGAAACGCUUUCAAGGAUGCUUUCAGCGUGUCUUUAAAUCAGUUCGUCUGCUCCCCCCCCCCCCCCCCCCCCAGCAAAACGCUUACCGCGCUUGAGUUCGCCAAAGGAUAUUUCUUUUGGGGGGGGGGGCAAGGGUCGUCAGACAUUAUCUCAAACAUGUCCUGCACAGAGAAGCUGGUACUGCAUUAGAGAGGUGUUUUUGCUUGGAAGAUGUGUUUGUGCGGCGGGUACCUCGGUGUAUGGGAUCUUGUCCUGCCAUUUGAUGCUAAGGAUUUUUUUUAGAGGCUCGUCGUGGGGAAAAAAAGUGUUAGGUUCCUAACAUUGCAUUUAUAGUAAUUGUGGAAAAUGAUGGGUUUAGGUUUGAAGUGAGAAGAUAGCAUAGUUAAAAGGACGAUUCUGCCAAACGCCUUCUUCAACAGAUAAGAGACAAAAUACGAAAAAAAAAAUGAGACUAAAUAAAAAAUAAGUAAAAUUAAUGUGUUAGAAGAUCUCAGUGACGUGAACGAACACACUCUAUUUUUAGAAACGGAAGUACUCUAUGUUAGAAAUGGAAGUACUCUAUGUUAGAAACGGAAGUACUCUAUGUUAGAAACGGAAGUACUCUAUGUUAGAAACGGAAGUACUCUAUGUUAGAAACGGAACUACUCUAUGUUAGAAAAGAAAGUUAAGUUGUUAAAAUUUUUUGCUCACUACAUCAUUCUGUGGUGCGUACUACUAAGGAGAUUUGACGACACAAAUAUGAUGUAUCUGUCACGGCUCUGGUGUCUUACAUUAAUAAGCCAACGAGAGUGAAGAAUGAAAAAAAGAAACCCGCAAAUAUUAUUCACAUUUGAUGCACCAUAUCACCAUAUGGAAUCAGUCAAACACUCUCUAACUGGUGGUCUUCAAUUUCCUUCAAAUUUUACUCUUAUUUGGUCUGUUCAUAAUUUUACAUUGUACAUGAAUACUACUUGAAGUUUCGUACCCCUCUGUAAUGUCCUUUAGAAGUCCUCUCACCAAUUUAUAGAGGUCUUUUGGCACAAUGUAAUGUGUCAAUAAAAUGAAUAAGAGAAGUCUGUUCUCAGGUGUGGGGAAGACGACCACAUGUUUAAUAAACGAGGGGGGGGGGGCUCUGACCAAAUGAAAUCAAUUUCGAAGCAGCUAGGAUCCCCAGGUGUUUUUAGGAUGGAGUCAGGCCACGCUUAAUUUUUUUUUCAAUCACCUCAGAAAUUUAGCUGGCACAACACAUAUCCUAGCCAGAACAAAAAUGCAUUAUAUCGUUUCACAGGCUCCAAGCGGACACGAUACACUACAACAUACGGAAACGUCUUCAGAACAUCAGUGACCCGGUCUUUGUCGGGGUCCACGUCAGGAUGAAGGACUACUCCAGGAGCCCGUACCCCGAGGCUCCGAUCUCCUUCUUCAGAAACGCCUUCAGCAGGAUGCGAGAACUCGUGCCGGGGAAAAAUCUGGUCUUCCUUCUGGCCAGCAACGGCAUCGAAUGGUGCCGUAAGAACUUGCAGGAGCCCGGCGUCGUCGUCCUGGAGGACGCCGAGCGCGAGGUCCACUUCGCCGUGUUGGCCAGGUGCAAGCACAUGAUUGUGUCGGUGGGGACCUUUGGCUGGUGGGCCGGAUGGCUGACCGCCGGUCACGUGAUCUACUAUGUGCGAUUUCCGAAUAAGGGCUCAAGGCUUGCUCUGGGAUUAACAAUGGAGGAUUACUACCCUCCGUCGUGGAUUGCCGUAGACCAUUGAUAAGAUUAUCUGUAGAGACCAUUGAUAAGAUUAUAUGUAGAUACCAUUGAUAAGAUUAUCUGUAGUUUAAUUAGUAAUACUUUUGUAUUGAAUACAAAAAAUUAAUUUCAUCUUUCUGUUUCAG